UUCGUUGCUACGUUGAUCGACGCUUGCUUGACAACCAGCCAGUUUAGCUAACUGUUGGUGAACACUUCUUGUGGAUUUCACACCACUUGCAUCAACAUUUGCACAUCAUUCAGAGACAAAAAAACACAGCUGAUUUGACUGCAGAGCUGCGCCACAUCUUUUCUAACAAUGACCAAGCACGAGUUUGAGGUGGCGAUGACGUGUGAGGGAUGCUCUGGAGCUGUUACCAAAGUCCUCAACAAGCUGGGAGGUGUGACGUUUGAGAUCGACCUGCCCAACAAACUGGUUUGGAUCGAGUCGGACAAAGAUGUGGAAGUUCUCACUGAAACACUGAAGAAAGCUGGGAAGGAGGUCAAGUACAACGGCACCAAGUGAAGGAAUCUGCUUCAUGUAGAACAGGAAAGCAUUGCUGCCGAUGCAAAGUGAAGAUUUAUGCUGGAAUUCAAGUCCUUUACCUGUCAGGAGAAGUCUGAUGGAUCCUCCCUUAGAUGCCAAACCCCCCCCCUCCUCAAGCUCACACGCACAACACAUCCUCUUGGAUGCAGAUCUUCUCUCAGUGUUGUGAUUUAUAAGGCCGUGAUGUUAGCACUUGUCCAUCUGUGAGAAGAGAAAAUGUCUCAUUUAUGUGCAGCACUAUACUCUACUGCUGCAUCCUCUAAUUUAGUUUGUCUUCCAUGUGAUGGAGGAAGACGUGAUGAGGUUAUGAUGUUGCUGUUUCUCCUCCAACAUGGCGGCCUGGCCUGAGUAAUCACUCUGCAAGUAUUAUCCAACAUCCCUCUAUUCAGCAUACCUGCAUGUUGAGAAAUUAUUCCUUAAAAUGUUCUGAAGUAGCAGUAAUGUUUUAUGUUCUGUUUUACUUUCAGAUAUGUUUAUUUGAUUAAAAAAAGGCAGGGCCGUACACUGACACCAUAGAAGUUCUUGAAUAUUAACUCAGGCUGAAGAAGCAUAAACAUGUAGAUUUGAAGCAUGGCUGCCAUUUUCAGUCUUUCCUGUUUGCGUAAAAGCAGCAAAACGAACAUUAGCAAACGUCCUUUGACAUAAUUGAAGUACAUUCCCUGGAUUGUAGAAACACACUGCAAACUAUUGGCUAUGUUUGCCUUGACCUUGACACUCAGUAUUAUUGCAUUGGUUGGAUUUAACAUAAUUAAAAAUCAUCCUUUCGAAGCUCCAUGUAUGAAGAUGUCUGUAGAUCUGCACCACUCAGUCUGUCUCUUCCCUUCAGGGACCAUCUGCUGGAUUUAGAUUUGUAUAACUGUUUCCUUUUAGCUUCAUCACACUUUACACUACGAUAAUCCAUGAAUAUAUAAAUCAUGUUGAUUGAUAUUUACUAACAGCUAUCUUUGUUUUCUAUUAAUAACGUGAAGCCUUUGUUGUAAUUCACUCUGUUUUUUUGUUACUUUGGGUAAAAAGAUCUCCUUCUCCUCUUGGGCUUUUCUAAUUGUCUUUAUGUGUUGUUUACGCACAGGGGAAAUAAAAUCACUUCUGCCUCACUCUG